ACCUGCAAAGAAAUUGUUCUCUCUAUAAUUAUUACUUCGUAUGUGGUUUAAGUGAAGAAAAAAAAAUUAAAAAAAAACGACAAAUCUGUGAGAAAAGUUUAUGUCAUCCCUGGAAGUGGUGAUGAAUGGGUUUUCUCGAUGAAAAUCACAUAAAUUUCAUCAACAUUCUAUAAAGCGGUCGCCCACAAAUUCAAUACUUUCCUGGUUGACUUCACUCUCGUGUGAUCAACUGUGAACACAAUGCCACCCAGUAUUUCUAAAUCAACCCUACUCGAAGAUAAUCUAACCAGUGAUGUAAGGCAGAGGAAGAAUGAUUUGAAUGACAAUCCAGUGAGUGUCGAUGGAGAGGAGAUCAAGGGUCAGGAAUCUUCCACAAAUUACACAGACUUCAAGCCCGAAAUCAGAUGGCCAGAUCUCAUUGUGCAGAUAUUCCUUCAUUCAGGAGCCCUCUAUGGCCUCUACUUGCUCUUCUCCAUCAAACUCUAUUCAUUUAUAUGGUUCAUAGCUUUAAUAUACGGGUCGGGUUUCGGAAUAACAGCCGGUGCCCAUAGACUGUGGUCACACAAAGCAUACAAGGCCAAGUGGCCGCUGCGUCUUCUUCUUGUGUUCCUCUUCACAAUUGCUGGUCAAAGAGACGCCUACACAUGGGCCCACGAUCACCGGGUGCAUCAUAAGUACUCCGAGACGGAUUCUGAUCCGCACAAUGCCAAAAGAGGCUUCUUCUUCGCACACGUGGGAUGGCUCUUCCUUACUCCUCAUCCCGAUGUCGUGGAGAAAAGGAAAAUCAUUGAUAUGAGCGAUUUGGAGGCAGAUCCCAUUGUAAUGUGGCAGAAGAGGCUCUAUGUGCCGCUCUUUGCUCUCUUGGCCAUCGCUAUGCCUGUGGUUGUGCCUUGGUACUUCUGGCAGGAGAAUCUCUGGAUCUCCUUCUGGACAAUGUUCAAUCUUCGAUUCUGCACAACGCUCAAUAUUGCCUUCUUCGUCAAUAGCGCUGCUCACAUGUGGGGUCAGAGGCCAUAUGAUAAGAAUAUUAAUCCAGCAGAAAACAUCACAGUUGCAGUUGCAGCUCUUGGUGAAGGAUGGCACAAUUACCACCAUGUCUUUCCUUGGGACUACAAGACAGGUGAAUUGGGCGACUACAAAUUCAAUCCCACCACAGCUUUCAUUGACUUCUUCGCCAAGAUCGGUUGGGCUUUUGAACGUAAAUCCGUCUCACGUGACAUGAUUGCACGAAGAGCGGCCAGAUGUGGUGAUGGAACGCACUUCCUCGACUCGAAUGAAGCCCAUAAGGAUCCCGUUUGGGGCUAUGGAGACAAGGAUAUUCCUUCGGAUGAUGAAGUUGAGCUACGUUCAAUGCAAUAGUUGCGCACAUGCCUUGCUGUCAAGCCUUAUUACCUCCUUGACGCUGUAUUUUCCAGAUAAAAUCUGUGAGAAUACGAUAAAAUUCUACGCAUGUCUAACAUUAUUGGAAAAAAAUAAGAAAAAAAAUAUCUUGUUGUUUAGUGAGGCAAUUUGCAAAUGAAAAUUUUCUAUUGCGAACA